UUCAAUUUGCUCACCACCCCACUCGCCUCCGCCUUUAUAUCUCUCUCCUCUCCCCCUAAGUAACUCCCUCCAAAACUCAACUCCGCCCCCUCCUCCCCCUCCAAAAGCAGUCAGCCAAGCCUCUCUCUCCAGCACUCUUUUAUUUCGGUCGGACGCGCCAUGGCUCGGAGCCUGCCGGACUUCUCCAACUCGGUGAAGCUCAAGUACGUGAAGCUGGGCUACCAGUACCUGGUGAAUCACAUUAUCCCCCUCACCCUCGUCCCCGUCAUGGCGGGCGUCCUGAUGGAGGUCCUCCGCCUCGGCCCCGACGAGAUCCUCGGCCUCUGGCGGUCCCUCCACUUCGACCUCGUCCAGAUCCUCUGCUCCGCCUUCCUCAUCAUCUUCGUCGCCACCGUCUACUUCAUGUCUAAGCCCCGCACCAUCUUCCUCGUCGACUACGCCUGCUACAAGCCCCCCGUCACCUGCCGCGUCCCCUUCUCCACCUUCAUGGAGCACUCCCGCCUCAACCUCAAGGACAAGCCCAAGAGCGUCGAGUUCCAGAUGCGCAUCCUCGAGCGCUCCGGCCUGGGCGAGGAGACCUGCCUGCCACCUGCCAUCCACUAUAUCCCCCCCACCCCCACCAUGGAGUCCGCCCGCGGCGAGGCCGAGCUCGUUAUCUUCUCCGUCAUGGACUCCCUCUUCCAGAAGACCGGCCUUAAGCCCAAGGACAUCGACAUCCUCAUCGUCAACUGCAGCCUCUUCUCCCCCACGCCCUCCCUCUCCGCCAUGGUCAUCAACAAAUACAAGCUCCGCAGCAACAUCAAGAGCUUCAAUCUGUCCGGCAUGGGUUGCAGCGCCGGCCUGAUUUCCCUCGACCUCGCCCGUGACAUCCUCCAGGUCCACCCCAACUCCAACGCCGUCAUCGUUAGCACCGAGAUCAUCACCCCAAACUACUACCAGGGCAACGAGCGGGCCAUGCUGCUGCCCAACUGCCUGUUCCGCAUGGGCGGUGCCGCCAUCCUGCUGUCGAACCGGCGGUCCGACCGGCGGCGGGCCAAGUACCGGCUGGUGCACGUGGUGAGGACGCACAAGGGGGCCGACGACAAGGCGUACCGGUGCGUGUACGAGGAGGAGGACAAGGAGGGCAAGGCGGGAAUAUCUCUUUCCAAGGACCUGAUGGCAAUUGCCGGGGAGGCGCUCAAGUCCAACAUCACGACGAUCGGCCCGCUGGUGCUGCCGGCGUCGGAGCAACUGCUCUUCCUGCUGACCCUCAUCGGCCGCAAGAUCUUCAACCCCAAAUGGAAGCCCUACAUCCCGGACUUCAAGCAGGCGUUCGAGCACUUCUGCAUCCACGCAGGCGGACGGGCGGUCAUCGACGAGCUCCAGAAGAACCUGCAGCUGUCGGCCGAGCACGUGGAGGCCUCGCGGAUGACACUGCACCGUUUCGGCAACACGUCGUCGUCCUCGCUAUGGUACGAGUUGGGGUACAUCGAGGCCAAGGGGCGGAUGAGGAAGGGGAACAGAGUUUGGCAGAUCGCGUUCGGGAGCGGCUUCAAGUGCAACAGCGCAGUGUGGAAGUGCAACCGGACCAUCAAGACGCCCAUCGACGGGCCGUGGGCCGAUUGCAUCGACCGAUACCCCGUCCAUAUUCCCGAAGUGGUCAAGCUCUGAGUGGCCGAGAGUGGUGAAAGAAGAAGGACAAGAAGAAGUAUAUCAUUGAGCCAUCAAGCAUAAAGGGUUUGAUAGGUGGAUUGCGACUCUAUGGAAAUAGCUCUCUCUCUCUCUCGGUUUCUUUUUUCUUUUCUUUUGGCUUUCCUGCCUUUGAUUUCAGUUAUUUGCUAAAUCAGAGUGGAUUUGCAUUUACUCCUUCCUUCCUCCCUUCAUCUCUCAGUCAUCAGCCAUCAGUCAUCAGUCUCAAUCUCCAACACCAUCCCCCUUCUCUUUUUUACGUGCAUCAUCAACAUCAUCUUUGUACUCCCAUCCCACCCAUCUCUCUCUCUCUUUUCUCUCUCUCUCUGCUAAAGAGUUUGUCUUCUCGGGUCGUCGUCGAGUGUAUUCUCUCUGCAGCUAUAAAUUUGCAUAGAUACUCUUUCCAAAUGUCCUCCUCCUUUUCUUUACUGUGUAUUAAAUUUUCAUUGUCCAUUGUAGCGCCCAGUGCAUAUAUGAAAAUUAGACACAGGAAACAAGUGUAUUAUUACCUAAUAUGAGAAAAGGAGACUAUAUGGUUCAUAGAAUUUUCUUUUGGUCUUUUAUGUUGCCUCUUGUAAUGCUAUGUUGUGUUUUCAAUGGUUAUUUCUUAUCCAUCCCUUGAAUAUUAUCUUGGUAA